AUGCCUGUGCCCGAUUUGGUCCUAGACCCAGCCCUCAAACUAUGGGUACUACUGCCGAUCUCGGUGGUGAUGGUGCUGGUAGGCAUUCUUCGAAGCUACAUUUCUGUUUUACUGCAACCAAAGAUGAAACUGCAGGACUACAAACUUGUUAGAGAACAACAACAUUUGGCAAGAAUACGGACGUAUAGACGCAAUUACUCGGUUUUCUGGGCAAAGCAGGAACUGCAGAAUAAAAUCGACUUCUUCAUCCCCGAAUACUCUGGCACCAAGUAUCUGAAGGAGUUGCCUCCUAGCGAUCCGAACGAGAUUAAAAACCCGCUGGCAGAUGCCAACUCUUCGGACUUUUUGUUGCAAAUGGUGAAAAACAAUUUUGCCAACUAUGUGCCUCAGACCCUGAUCAUGUGGUGGGUUAACUACUUUUUCAAGGGAUACGUGGUGAUGCGCUUGCCAUUCAAUCUCACCGGAAAUUUUAAGAGCAUGUUGCAACAAAGUAUAGACACAACUGAUUUGGACGUCACGUACGUCAGCGCAAUCUCCUGGUACUUUGUGAACCUGCUCGGUCUGAAAAGCAUUUACUCCUUGCUUCUUGAUGAUGGUGACAUUAUCAAUCAGCUGAUGGCGCAGCAGCAGCAGCAACCAAUGGUGCCCCCAAUGGCUGGCGCAGGUCCGUCGGUCGAUAAACUGUUCAAAGCAGAGCUCGAGAACCUGCAAAUAGUGCCUUUCAAAAGCUGUCUUGAUGGCAUUGAAAGUCGCUUUAUUGAGAAGUGGGAGUAG